AUGGCGAGAGAGGCAUCGUCACUAAAGGCAAAGCACGUUGAUGUUCACCUACUGUCGGUCAAAGACCUUGGCCGCGUCAGCAAGUUUCUAGGCACGCUUAAUGGUGACGGAGGCUACAAUCUCGAUCAGGAGGAGGCGAUUGGCGAUCUCCUGCGUACCAACGGACUUAUGGAUGCAAGCUCGGUGCGCGCGUUGAUUGGUGACGACUGCUAUGAAGAGAAUCUUGACGGAGUAGCGAUGCUUGGAGCGUCGAACAAGCGGUCUGGCCCAACGAUACGCGAGUUCCAGUCACUCGUGGGCAGCUUGCUAUGGGUUGCGCGCUGCAAAAUGCCGGAAAUCGCCUUUGCGGUGCAUAAGGCCACGCGCCAGACACACGCGCCGCGCUUGCAUGAUUGA